ACCUUAUGCAAUACACGUCACAGGCUGCAAUCUCCAUAGUAACGGUGCCCCGCUGAGCUCAUCAUGAGGGACUGAGUGGCAAAAAACUAAAUUUUUGAACUUGAGAAGCAGCUGCUGAUCUGAUUAUAAUUAUGAGGGAGGAGGCAUUUUUUGUUUCGUUGUGGAAGAGUCCUUCCUUCUGCAGUUUUGCUAGUGCGAUGGUCAAAAGUUGUUGUGCUGUUGGCUGCAGUAACCGGUCUAAGGUUGGUUCGGUUGUCAGUUUCUACCGCUUUCCGGCAGACCCUGUGAAACGGAAGAAGUGGACUGUAGCUGUUCGUCGUGACAAGUGGUCACCAAAUCAAAACACUUGGCUGUGCUCUGCACAUUUUGUUGGUGGAAAGAAGAGUGAUGACCCUCUCUCUCCAGAUUAUUUGCCGUCAGUUUUUUCAUUUGUACAGAGUCCUGUGAAACGGAAACAGAAGGAGCAACUAGAAGCGUACGAGCGGAGAUCGAAACGUGUACGGUCAGGCCCGGUGUUCGAUACCGGUGCAGAUACGCCUCCACCGAGCGUGAUUGCUGACAAUAUUGUGGAGAUCCCUGUGGAGAGCAGCGAUGAUACUCCUCCACCGAGCGUGAUUGCUGACAAACCUGUGGAGAUCCCUGUGGAGAGCAGCGAUAGGACCGACUCAGCUAGUCCAGACACCGGUGGUAAAUGCUGUCAUCACGAGUCAGAAUUCGAUAAUUUGAAAUGUGAGAACUUGCUGCUGAGAGAGGAGGUGAAGAAAUUAAGGGCCCAAAACUCAACUCUCCGUGGUGGAGCAGCACUUUCUGAGAACGAUCUGAUAUGUAAUGAUGACAAGGUGAAGCUCUACACCGGAUUGCCAACGUACGCUGUGCUCAUCACUGUUUUUGAGUUUGUUUCCAGCGACGUUGAGCGCCACCACCGCUCGGCAACCUCAUUGUUCACGCAGUUCUUGAUGACGUUAAUGAAGCUCCGCCUGAACUUAAAUGAUUCUGACCUUGGGUAUCGUUUUGGUGUGGCCCAGAGUACCGUGUCGAGGUAUGUGCUGAAGUGGGUGAACAUUAUGUAUGUGCGUAUGAAGCCACUUGUAAGAUGGCCAGAUCCGGGAGAUCUAGGCAAGACAAUGCCGCCAGAGUUCGCCAAGAAUUUCAAGAAGUGUGUGUGCAUCAUCGACUGCUUCGAAGUAUUCUGCCAGCGUCCCUCUGAUCUGAUGGUGAGAGGGCAGUCAUACUCGCAUUAUAAAUCGCACAACACGAUCAAGUUCCUCAUUGCCAUUACACCGCAAGGUGUAAUAUCGUUCAUAUCACAAGCCUGGGGUGGGAGGACAUCGGAUAAGCACAUCACCGAGAAUUGUGGCUUUCUGGAGAAACUCCUCCCGGGUGACCAGGUACUGGCAGAUAGGGGCUUUACUGUACAAGACAGCGUAGGUCUGUACUGUGCUGAGCUUGUGAUCCCACCAUUCACGAGAGGGAAGAGCCAGUUGUCUCGAAUUGAAAUUGACAAAGCGAGACAGCUCUCCCGAGUCCGGAUUCAUGUUGAGCGUGUGAUUGGUGUGCUACGCAACAAGUAUACACUGUUGCAAUCCACAUUGCCGAUCAACCUCCUCAUGCGUGACAGCGGUGAUCCAAACAUUGCUGUCAUUGACAAGAUUGCCACUGUGUGCUGCGCGUUGUGCAAUUGCUGUGAGUCAGUUGUGCCUUUGGCUUAGCAGGGAUGUAUCCUUAGCUCUGAGACAAAGCCAGAGCUGGAUAGCUGGAUGUGUAUAGUAGUGCUUGCUCCAUCUCCGGACAGCUAGCUGUUUCGACCCCGUGAGGGCUCAUCAUACUAACCUUUUUGCAUCAAACUUCAUGUCAAAGUCCUUCAUAAAAUCCCCAUCUCUCUCUCUCUCUCUCUUUCUAAUUUUGCAUGCUUCACCCUUCACUUCCUUUCUUGGUCUUUUAGUGAUGGCUUGGACAAUUCACUUGUCCAGGCGAUAAGGCAGUCUCUCUCUCUCUCUCUCUCUCUGCCUCUCUCUUAUCUUUGCAUGCUUUACCCUGACUCACAUGUACUAUUUCUUUCCUUUAUUGGUCAUGCAGUGAUAGCUUGGACAAUUCAUUCGUCCAGGCAAUAAUGCA